GCAUACCUACUUGAGAAAGAUGCUUUUUGCUUUGCAUAAAUCUAAACAAAUUUCAUAAAAGACACCCAAGAGCACAGAUAGAACAAGGACAUAGUUAUAAAUAUAUUUACUAGGAGGUUCCGAUUAAAGAUUAUUCACAAUUUAAUGACAGCGUUUUCGAGGUGUGAAACUGUGGUGUCCUAUGAUUAGAAAGUAUUUUAUUGACUUUGGCUUUGAUUGAGUCUGGCCUAAACAAUAGGCUGUUUUUAUUUAAUCAUUUUAUUUUGAAUGCUUGAAAGUCCCGGAAGAGGCGCUGCGUGUGUCUUGCAGAGACCGCGGGAAAAUGUCGUUAUUUCCUGCUCCCUGAAGAAGGUUGUCGAGUCGUCGCGACAGUGAUUGUAAACAGAUGAUAAAGCAUAAUAACAUGCUAAACAACAUUCUUAGAAUCGAUUGUCAUAUGCUACUUCCAGGUACAUCUCUGAGCCAUUGAUUGAGCAUCAGGAGAAUGGAGGGGGAUUUGAUGGAUGAAGUGUAUGGUGACCUCAGCCAAGACCACCAUAAUACCACAGCAGCUUUCAAUGAAGACUCUGUGGAUAUUUAUUUUGGUUUAGAAAGUCCAAAGAAGAAUUCCAACGCAGAAAGGAAUUACACACUCCUCUCACCACAGAAUCUGAAAUAUAUGGAUUUAUAUGAGGAAAUCAUAACAGAGGAACAGCAGGAUAGAGAGUCUUCCUACAAUGAGUUGAGGACAAGAUUCAAUGCAGCACAAAGCCAAGUUGAUGAGUUAAUGAGAAGGUUGCAGCAGACUGAAACACAGAAUACAACGCUGAACACCGAGAACAGCCGCCUGAAGAAGAACAUCUGUGCGCUCAUCAAAACAGCUAAAAUGGAGGUUGUGCGGAAGGACGAGGAGAUAAAUAGGUUGAGCCAAAGUUUCAGGCCAAGGAGGGGUCCUGUAGUUCACCAUCAAUCUCAGAUGAACUGCCUGAGAAAUCAAAUUCCAACCAGACAGAAUCCUACGGGGCAGUCACAACCUAGCCAACCACAAGUUCCCACCCGACUGAAUCCUACGGGGCAGUCACAACCUAGCCAACCACAAGUUCCAACCCGACUGAAUCCUACGGGGCCGUCUCAACUUAGCCAACCACAAGUUCCAACCCGACUGAAUCCUACGGGGCCGUCUCAACUUAGCCAACCACUAGUUCCAACUAGACAGAAUCUUACAGGGCAGCCUCCACCAAGCCAACCCCCGCGUCCUAGACAGGAUUGUGUUGUAAAGGAUCUUAGCCAGCUCCUCUGUAAAGACAGAGAUGUGGUCCACCCCCUUCUCCCUCCAACCCCCUCUGAUGCAACAGUUUUCCGACCACCUCUUCCUGAUACAACAGUUCUCAGACCACCUCUUCUUGAUGCAACAGUUCUCAGACCACCUCUUCUUGAUGCAACAGUUCUCAGACCACCUCUUCCUGUCACUUCAAAGACUGCUAAAGGAGAUUCAGAAGCUCCAGUGAAACGCACUGUUGGUAGUUCCAGCCAGGACUCUGUGAAUAGACACCCUACACGUGAACUUCACCCGUCAGACGAGCCGAAACAAACCAAGCACAGAGAAGGCGGAGGUGGAAAUCCGAGGCUGUCCCACUCAAAUGAUCAGCGAAAAUAUAACUCCAAGUCAAGCAGAUGCCCUCGUCUCUCAGAUGUUGAGGUACGUAGGAGAUCAGAGCGGGCUAAAAAUCCAACCUCUGACAUUUUGCAUUGCACUGCUUCCUCUGACCGCACUUCCGAAGGAUUGUCUAAAGAUUGUGCAGCCUAUCAAUCAAUGGGUUCUAGUCGGCAUUAUCAGGAGCUCAGGCGUGAUAAGGGUGAUGGUAAUAGGCAUAGUAGAGGUACUAAGGACAUUUCCUCUAACAGAAAGCAUGCCUAUUUGAACCAAGCCAGUGUCACUGAACGAUCCAGUGAAUCUUUUAAUCGCAAGGGAGGGACAAGUCCUCCAAGGGACCAUCGAAGGAAAGAGGAGAGAAGAAGAGAGGAUGAGGUCAGAAAAGAAAAGAAUACAUCAAAAAAAUCAGGAGAAAGAAAAAGCACUUGUACAGAGAGAAGAAGAGCAAAGGAAAGUGACCGAUGCAGUACGGACGUCAGUAAGGACAAGACAAUGGACGACAGUAAAGUCGGGGGGCAAAAGACAGGUGAGAAGUCUGAAUUUCUUCCAUCUGAGGCUAAAGUGGCUGCGAAAAGCUCUGUAGAGGAAACCGGUCCAAACAGAAAGUUAAGUUUCAUGGAAACUCUGAAUCUUACCCUGUCGCCAGUUAAAAAACCAAGACGGCUUGCUGAAACCAAGGAACAGGAGGGCACACCACCUGAGGAAGUUCCUGAAGACCAGUCAGCGGAAGACAGUGGACAGCCUGAUCUAGACAACUUACUCAUCUUAGACGAAAUCAACAGCAGUGUGGUAGAGACCGACGAGGUCUUCGAGGACCCAGUGGUACAGCCCUCUUCAGAAAUCCCAAUGUCUUCAGGACCUGGAAGUAUUGACCUUAGACAUACAGACAAAGAACCUUGUCAGGAUGCUAACAAAGGUCUGACUGAGGCCACAGUGGCCAAAAAGCAACCUAAGUGCCAGUUAGAAGUGGAAGACAUUAUUGUCCAAGGUGUCUCUGAAGGUAAGCCUGAGCUGCCGGAGGCCACAGUGGAUCAGAGGACUGAACCCACCACACCAGAACCUCCCAGAGAGGUUUGUGUUUCAGCUCCAGUCUGUGCCAUUGUUUUGAGAACUACACUGAAAAACAGACCUGAAGACUGUGCCUCUGCAAAUAAAGUGAGUGAUUCUGAGGAUUUUACUGCUGCUGCUGUCACUGCUACUACUGUGGCUGGGAAUUGUGGAAACAAUUCAAAUACGGACACUGGCCUAUCGUCUAACGGAUUUACCCCUGACCAUUCAAUGGAAAAUGUAGUUCUUAUUACUGACAAUUGGGUGUGUAAGCCAAACGGUAAAACUCCCAGUGCUUUGGUCUGUGAAAGUCAAACUGUGACACAAGUUCCACCCGCUGCUGUCUGCGUGGGACAUCCUGCUGUUGAAGGUGUUUCAGGAAAAGAACCAUCGGAAUCUCUGCAAUUGCCACUGCCUGCCUCUGUUAUUUCAACCUCUAGUCUAGACGUGACAGCAGAGGUGCAAGAUAUUUCCAAGCAUGGUGUUUCCAGUACGAUUAGCAUGGAGGUAAUUCCAGAGAUCUGCAUUACAUCUGAGAUCGUUGAAGAUGCCACAGAGAUACCUCUGGAGUGUGAGAAAGAGAGGACUGUUGUGGUACAAGGUUCACCGUUGAGCGGUUUUGAGGUGUCUAAGGUGAGCAGCACAACGGGAGAGGUUGCACCAUCAGCACAGCACAACAGUGGCUUGUCACAAACGCCAAAGAAGUCCCUGGAUUCUGAGCCAAGUCACACAGAGAAUGAGGACGUGAAUGUUGAGCCCUCUAGCUCCAUUCCGUUGGCCCAUGAUGAGGACUCGAUGAUGCUUACACUGGGCAGCCUUAAAGGUAUUCCAGAUGCCAUCAGCCCACUCACAAGCCCAGUCCGUCCAAUGAGGAAAAGCCAUCAGCCGCCAUGUCACAGCAAACCUGCUUACGUCAAGAGUCUUCGCAAAGAGUUUACCAGUGCUGCUGGGGAUCCCAAUCCAAAGAAGUUGGAUGUGAAUAUGGAGAACAAGAAUCCUGGCCGCUCCAUUGCAAGUGCUACACAACAAGAUGUGGAUCGGGCUUCUGUCUGUUCUUCCAGCCCUGAGGAUGAAUUGGAAGAGGGUGAAAUUCUUAGUGAAGGGGAAGAAACUCCUAUCACGCCAAGUUCUCCAGCCAAAACGGUUAGGCCCACAAGCACGGUUAAAAGUCAACAAAUUCCCAAGUCAUCCCCUAGACUUUCCAAGAAGUUGCCUGAAGAGAAAGGGAUUUCUAAACUCUUAAGUAAAACCUUGACUUCACCAGUUGGAAGCCCCAUGUCAAAAGCUCGCUAUAAAACGGUUCAACCUCCGUUACCCAAAGCUGCCUUGUGUACCGUGGAGGAGGUUAUGGCCAUGUUUGUAAAGAUCCGCUAUGCGUGCAGGAAAAAGUACAUGAAGCUUCGUUCAACCUUCUCUAAGGAACGCUUCUGCGGUGUUAUGGACAUGUCCCUUGACUCUUUUACAGACUUUGUUGAUAGUGUCAGCUUUACCAAACUAUGCAGCCAAGAAGAUGACCUCAAAGUGAAACUGAAGAACAACAUAAUGUCUGUUUUGAGUAAGUUAUCAAAUAAUGGCAUUGUCAACCGCAUCUUUGACCAGGAACCACUUAAUAUGAAGUCGAAACUGUGGGAAUUUGUGAAUGUGCAGUUAGACUUCUUAUUCAAGGAAAUCCAGACUGCUCUGAGAAGUGUUUGCAAAUCCUCAAAUGGAAACCAGUCUGCAGGAGCUGAAAAAAGGGACUUGAGUCUCUCCAAGCAGCCAGUGAAGUCUCCCAAGCCGCCAGUGAAGUCUCCCAAGCAGCCAGUGAAGUCUCCCAAGCAGCCAGUGAAGUCUCCCAAGCAGCCAGUGAAGUCUCCCAAGCAGCCAGUGAAGUCUCCCAAGCAGCCAGUGAAGUCUCCCAAGCAGCCAGUGAAGUCUCCCAAGCAGCCAGUGAAGUCUCCCAAGCAGCCAGUGAAGUCCCCCAAGCAGCCAGUGAUGUCAUCGGUGUCCACAGCCUCUAAACUCAAAAGACCGCAGGGAGCGGUACAAAAAACUAAUUGUGUGUCCAGAACAUCUGCAAGUAAAAGACCGCAAGAGGAAUUAACAGAGUGUGUUGAACCCAACAUAAAAAGAACCAGGGCUCAGACUCUCCCCCCUUGCAAAACCGGUCUUGGAAGAGGCAAAAAUAUUAAAAUGUCAUUUGAAGAAGAUAAGGAAUCAGAGCCUCAAACCUCAGAUCAUCCUCUUAUGCAACCUCCAAUGCAACCUCCUUUGCAACACGGGUUAGAGAUCUUAUCAUCAAACAGCCCUUCAUCUGCUGAGAAAACAGCUGCCUAUGUUCGCCGGCUGUCUCAAAAUGGCUCACUCCAUGACAAGUCUGACUUCGAAAUCCUCACAGAACAGCAAGCCUCCAACCUAACAUUCAACCUGGUGACAGACUCCCAGAUGGGAGAGAUCUUCAAGUGUCUCUUACAAGGGUCUGAUCUGCUAGAAACUAGUGUCUCAGCUGGGGACAAUCAGGGCUGGCCUCUUGGUACUCCUCGGAAAGGAGAGCGCUUCCGAGGCGUUACCACCCCAAGCAAAGUUGGUACCACAACCAAAGUUGGUACUCCCUCUAAAGUCAUUGCCACAUGGUCUUCUAUUUCACCUUGCAAGUUUUCUUCUCCAAAUUCAAAAGUCCAAAUUCCACUAAAUCCAGCUUUGUUGGAUGAGAGUUGCAUGUUAGAGGUGCCCUCCAGCCUGCCAGAAGACAAAAUGACAUCGCAGUCCAGUGUGUUCUCGCAGAGAUCUUAUUCCAUUUUGGCAGAAGAUCUGGCUGUCUCCCUCACAAUUCCUUCACCUCUCAAGUCUGACAAUCACCUCAGCUUCUUGCACCCAGCCAACGUGGAGCCCACGUCUGCUCCAGAUAGUGUCAUCAGUGCACAUUUCAGUGAGGAUGCUCUUAUGGAUGGGGAAGACGCUACAGAGCAGGACAUUCACCUUGCCCUGGACACAGACAACUCCAGCGGUGGGUCAAGCGGUGCUGGCAGGACCAGGGAGGCUCCUGUUAACCCCCUGUUUCACUUCAAGCCUCACUUGCCCAUGCAGGCAGUAGUGAUGGAGAAGUCAAAUGAUCAUUUCAUUGUCAGGAUACGGCAUGCAAACACCAGCCCAGACAUCAACUCCAACAACUCAGGUGUCAACUUCACCAACCUAGGCAUCAACUUCUCCAACCUAGGCAACAACUCCACCAGCCUAGUGGUCAACCCCACAUGCCUAGGAAUUAAAUCAACAAGCCAAGGAGUCAACUCUUCAAGCCCAGGAAGUGUAAACUCUACCUACCCAGGAAAUAACUCCACCAACCCAGACACAAACUCAAGCUACCCAUGUGUCAACUCCACAAGCCCACAAGUCAACUGCACCAACCCAGGCAUCUACCCCAUAAGUGCAGACAUCAAUCCAAGGGCUGUCUCAAGCCCUCAAACACCACCAGGAGGAGAACAACAUGGCAAAGACCAAGCUCAUCCCACAGGGAAAACUCCUUCUAAAACCCAUUUUUCAGAGGCCAGUCCUCCCUUCUACCUUUCCACAAGCACCGAAACAGCAUCUGCGCUAUCUUCACCAUGCCUCACCAUCAUAGAAGACACGCCGGAGAGGGACCACAGCAAGGGUAAGACGGGGAAAAAGCGGACAAGGCACCACGUCGAAAUGAAAGCAAAGCGGCCUAAAAAGGAGGUGAUCCCUGAGAAGAUCAUAAAGCAUAAAAAGAAGUCCUCAAAAAGGGCCAAAGGAAAGGAGACUAGAAGCUCCAAGAGCGAGAGAAGUAAAGUCACUACUCCACCCCAGUCUACCCCAUCACCCAACAGCCUGUCUGCCAAGAAUAUCAUCAUAAAAAAGGGUGCAGUGGUGGUGACUUGGACAAGGGAUGAAGACCGAGAUAUUCUCCUCGCGCUGAAGAUGAAAGGUGCCUCUCCAGAUACUUUCUCUUCCCUAUCGGAGAAGAUGAACAAGACACCCGCUCAGAUUGCAGAGAGAUUUUCCCAGCUGAUGAAGCUUUUUAAGAAGAAGAAGAUGGCAAGUUGACUUUCCAGAAUCGUAGAAUUUUUCUUCAUUCAAUGAAGAUUUCAUGCACUAUGCUUUUUUUUUUUUUUAACUCAGAUGUCGCAAGGUCAAGGCUCGAAUUUCCCAUUUGACGAAUGAGCAGAAGCAGAUCAUCUGAAUUUGAUCCCUGUAAUUGAUGGCCCUGGAACAUACUAGAUGGCCAAACCAACUAGAUCUCAAACUGAUUUUUUGUUGUUUUUUUUUGUUGAGGGGUGGUCAGCAAGGAUCAGAAUAUCCUUGAGGUAACAUCCACACUGCUUCAAUGUAUCAUCUCCCCACGGCCUAAAUGAAUACAACUCGUAUAAGCUGUUUUGGUACAUCUGCACUGGUAUUUUUUUCUUUUUGUUUGCGUUAAAUCUAAUCCACCAUGUUGAUCCUGGGCAAUAUCCCAUAUCAACUUCACAACUCUUAAUAUGCCCCAGCAAGUUUAUACCGUAUGUGGAGUUAAACACUGCUGCAAUCAUACAUUUAAUCUGAACUAAUUGACGCAUUUUAGCAGUAAAAGGGGAGUUGCUCUGAUACUUUUAUGGAGCAUUGUCGUAUGUACUAAAGUUACUUUUUUAUACAACGUCUGGGGGGGGGGGGGGGGGGGGGGUUUGUUUGGAAAUAAAGAUUGGAAGUACAAUUCAGGUCACAUUUAUAUCUUAUUUAAUGCUGUACGGUCACAUGGCAGAAAGUACAUUUUAAUGUACGGUAUGUCAACAGUAUUCUAUUUUGGAUAUAUAUUGUACUGACUUCAAGAUGGUCAGUUAAAUGAAUAAAUACGGCGUACACGUUCCAUUUUCUGUACGAUUCAAGGUGGUAUGUUUAUAGAAAUUAAGGAUUUUAAGGGGAACAUUUCCUGUCAGAUUUUUGGUUGGUUGGUUGGUUUUGGAUGAGUGACUUCCUGGUUAAACAAAUGUACACUGUAUAUUGUGCAUAUUUUGGUUUUGUAAAUAAAGUGUAUUUAUUUAA